AUGUCCAUCGAGGUGUUUGACAACUACUUCAAGGAGGGCCGCAAGAUCGUGACCGUAAAGGACGUUGAGCCUGAGCAGUUCAUCAAGGCAUUCUCCCAGCACCUCAAGCGCCAAGGCCGCUUUGAGCUGCCGAAGUGGGCGGAUGUGGUAAAGACGAGCAAGGCAAAGGAGCUGCCACCUUCCGAUCCGGAUUGGCUGUACGUCAGAACGGCGUCCAUGGUGCGAAAGAUCUACAUUCGCAAGGGCAUGGGCGUUGGUGCCUUCAAGAAGGUGUACGGAGGACAGAAGCGCCGAGGUACCUGCACCAAUGUCUUUACCAAAUCCUCUGGCAAGAUCGCGCGGUACAUUCUGCAGCAGCUGGAGGAGAUGGGGCUGGUAGAGCACGACGAGCAGGGCGGCCGAAUGAUCACGAAGGAAGGUCAGCGAGAGCUUGACACAGUUGCAGUGCAGGCAGCUGCGGAGGAGCUUGGCUGCGGAGUUCACCGUUUCUCGUAUCCCCUCAGUCCUGGAGAAAGUGGAGAUCAAGCCAUGUCCAUCGAGGUGUUUGACAACUACUUCAAGGAGGGCCGCAAGAUCGUGACCGUAAAGGACGUUGAGCCUGAGCAGUUCAUCAAGGCAUUCUCCCAGCACCUCAAGCGCCAAGGCCGCUUUGAGCUGCCGAAGUGGGCGGAUGUGGUAAAGACGAGCAAGGCAAAGGAGCUGCCACCUUCCGAUCCGGAUUGGCUGUACGUCAGAACGGCGUCCAUGGUGCGAAAGAUCUACAUUCGCAAGGGCAUGGGCGUUGGUGCCUUCAAGAAGGUGUACGGAGGACAGAAGCGCCGAGGUACCUGCACCAAUGUCUUUACCAAAUCCUCUGGCAAGAUCGCGCGGUACAUUCUGCAGCAGCUGGAGGAGAUGGGGCUGGUAGAGCACGACGAGCAGGGCGGCCGAAUGAUCACGAAGGAGGGCCAGCGCGAAUUGGACACCGUGGCUGUUCAGGCAGCCGCUGAAGAGGCAAGCUUCAAGAUCCAUUAUCUGCAUAACUCGAUGACUCUUGCUGCCAGGAGGAGGAAGACUGAGCUGAGGUUGACGGUGGUUGACAGGUGGGUGCGAGAGGUGAAAGGGCCGACGGCUUGA